CAAUAACUAAAAGAGAUGGAAUUCACGAAGGAUUAUGACUUUUUGGAACUCUCUAAUGAGGAGGACAAACUCGACUCCAUGUUUGAAGCAAAUCCCUUUGAAGGUUGCAACUAUAUUGAGGAGUUUAUCACUCCUAAACGACAAGAUCCAACAGAGAUCAUUGCUAAGAAAAUUAAAGCUGAAGGACAUCAUGGUGACUAUAAACCAGAAUUUAGCCUAAGUGAAGAAUUGCAAGACAUAAGGUAUGACUUUACCGAGUCUACUUUAAAUCAUGAUGGAUGUCCUGUUUUCAUCUUUAACCCUGAAAAAGUCCAUUCCUCUAGAUCAGAUACCUCUUCAAAGAUAUGCAAUAGUGAAGUCUCAGAGCCCCAUAUCUCAAACAUGGUCGAUUCAAAAAUGGGUGAAAAAGCAGAAAAGAAAUCUAUUCCUAGACAGCCUCCUAAAGAAGUACCGAUGAAAAUAACCAAAUUUGACAAAGGAAAAAGAUUCUCAAAGAAGAAUGACGUAGACCUCUUUAAAAUUCUCAGGAAAUUAUGUGAAACUCGAGGAAUUUCAAUCGAGAAUUUUUGGAAAGACGACCUCCCACUUCAAAACCUCGAAGUCUCUGUCCUUUACGAACUUACUUCUUGCAUUGGAUGGAAGAGGAACAGAAAAAUUGAUUUGUUGAAGAGAAUCAGAAGAAUCGGACUCAAACGGACGUUCUCCGUUAGGGAAACAAAACUCCUAUUAAAGUUAAUGGAAGUAGAGACUAUCAAGGAAAAGCCAGAUUAUGAGGCUGUCCUUGAAAAAUUUCCUGGUAAGACACUUGAAGACCUCAUGAAAAGGUUUAAUGAAGUCAAAGAAGACACUCUAUAACCCUAUU